AUGCCUCUCUGGCUCAUUUACCACCCACCUAACGUCUUCAUCGACGACGAGACCAAACGCGCUCUUUCCAAGGACAUCACCAGUUUCUACACCAGCUUUGGCCUUCCAGCUUUCUAUGUGGUUGUUAACUUCAUCAAGCUGCAACCCAACGAUAUCUGGGUGGGAGGAAAGCCCAGAACUAGCGAUACCUUCAUAAGAAUCACCGUGGAUCAUAUUGCUGUGACGCUUCCAAACAAUGACGAAAGUUACAAACGCACCACGGAUGGCCUUCACCAGAUCUUGAAGCCGCACAUCGAGGACAAGGGUUACGACUGGGAGUUUCAUAUCAAUGAGACGGAAAGAAGACUUUGGAUGAUCAAUGGGAUGUACCCGCCGCAGUGGAAAAGUGAGGGAGAGAAGCUUUGGUUCGAAGAGAACAGACCGGUUGCGUUGGAUCCAUCGAAGUAA